CGAUGUCAGCGCUGGCAGAUGAUCAUUCAGUUGAGGAUCUUCAAGCGUACAGUACAUCCAAACGGUAGGCAGACAUGAAGGCGUUCAUUGUGUUCUCUGUGGUCCUGGCCUUUGCCAGCGCGGGUGCAGUCGACAGCUCCAACAAGGAAAAGCGAGGACUGUGGGAACUGGGAUCGGCUCAGCACGAUUCGUACGAGAGCUACGGCUAUGACCAUCAGCAGUCCCAUGGAUACUACGGCAACGACUACGUCCAGAAGGAGGUGAAACAGGUCAUCACCAAGAAGGUUCCAGUUCCGUACCCAGUGGAGGUCGAGAAGCAUGUUCCAGUCGAGGUGAAGGUCCCGUACCCAGUUGAGGUCGAGAAGAAGGUCCCGGUCGUCGUUGAGAAGAAGGUCCCGGUGUACGUGGAGAAGAAGGUCCCGGUCGUCGUUGAGAAGAAGGUCCCGGUGUACGUGGAGAAGAAGUACCCAGUCCACGUUGAUCGUCCAUACCCGGUGGAAGUGAAAUACCCAGUCCAUGUCCCGGUGUACCAGAAGGAGUACGUCGAAGUGCCAAAGCCAUACGAAGUUCAUGUCGAUAAGCCCUACCCGGUGUACGUGAAGGAGCCAGUGUACGUCGAGAAGCCAGUCCCGUUCACUGUUCUCAUCAAGAAGGAGCACAAGAAGCCAUUCUUCGGCUGAAUCCUAAAUAGAUUAUACUACAUUGAAACUUA